AUGACAUCAGUGUCGCGCCGCCUCAUUUGCACGCAGGCCUCGCGCCCCUGCUCCGCGCCGCGAGCUGUCAUCAUUUCACCGGGAGAGGCGAAGGGCAUCCGGGAUACCGGCCGAGAGGGAGCCGCUGCAGCGCGUUUCUCCAGUGGACAAACGGACCAGUGGACAUUCACUUCCUGUCCUGGGUGUAACCCGGUGAUCUACUUCCUUUCGUGGUUCUGAGGACGUCUGGCCCGUCGGACCGCCCACCUCCGUGUGUGUGCGACUCUUUAAGGACUUCUUAUGCACCGUUUAAGGACUUGUGCGGCGCGGUUGCGUCCGCUAACCGCCUCACAGGCGGCUCAGACUGUCGGCCAGCAGCGGCCAAUCACAGCUACCUCCACAGGGGGCACAAGGACGUUUCAGCCAAUCAGGUGCUACACAGCACCUGUGGCCUCGGAGCCGUUCCUGAACGGGACAAGCUCCAACUACGUGGAGGAGAUGUACUACGCCUGGUUGGAGGACCCCAAGAGUGUUCACAAGUCGUGGGACGUGUUUUUCCGUAACGCCAACGCCGGUGCUCCUCCUGGCUCCGCCUACCAGUCUCCACUGGGUCUGUCGGCUGCCUCCAGCCUGGUGGCUCCUCAGCUCUCCUCUCUGGUCGGAGCUCAGCCCAACGUGGAGAAACUGGUGGAGGAUCAUCUGGCUGUGCAGUCGCUCAUCAGGGCCUACCAGAUCCGAGGGCACCAUGUGGCCCAGUUGGACCCUCUGGGCAUCAUGGACGCCGAUCUGGACUCGUGUGUCCCCACUGACAUUAUCACGUCCUCCGACAAGCUGGGCUUCUACGGUCUGGACGAGUCGGACCUGGACAAGGUGUUCCGCCUGCCCACCACCACCUUCAUCGGAGGCUCUGAGAGCGUUCUGCCUCUGAAGGAGAUCAUUCGCCGCCUGGAGAUGGCGUACUGUCAGCACAUCGGGGUGGAGUUCAUGUUCAUCAACGACCUUGAGCAGUGCCAGUGGAUCAGGCAGAAGUUCGAGACUCCGGGUGUGAUGCAGUUCACUCUGGAGGAGAAGAGGACUCUGCUGGCCCGGAUGGUCCGAUCCACCAGGUUCGAGGAGUUCCUGCAGAAGAAGUGGUCCGCAGAGAAACGCUUCGGUCUGGAGGGAUGUGAGUCUCUGAUUCCUGCCCUGAAGACCAUCAUCGAUAAAUCCUCAGAGAACGGAGUGGAGAACGUCAUCAUGGGCAUGCCCCACAGGGGUCGACUGAACGUUCUGGCCAACGUGAUCCGUAAAGAGCUGGAGCAGAUCUUCUGCCAGUUUGACUCCAAACUGGAAGCAGCAGAUGAGGGUUCUGGAGACGUGAAGUACCACCUGGGGAUGUACCACCGUCGGAUCAACAGAGUCACCGACCGGAACAUCACCCUGUCUCUGGUGGCCAACCCGUCCCACCUGGAGGCCGUGGACCCGGUGGUCCAAGGCAAGACAAAGGCCGACCAGUUCUACUGCGGAGACAACGACGGGAACAGGGUGAUGUCCAUCCUGCUCCAUGGAGACGCAGCGUUUGCCGGUCAAGGCAUCGUCUAUGAGACCUUUCAUCUGUCCGACCUGCCGUCCUACACCACGCACGGCACCGUGCAUGUCGUCGUCAACAACCAGAUCGGCUUCACCACCGACCCUCGCAUGGCCCGCUCGUCUCCGUACCCGACAGACGUGGCUCGAGUCGUCAACGCUCCCAUCUUCCACGUCAACGCUGACGACCCCGAGGCCGUCAUCUACGUCUGCAAGGUGGCCGCCGAGUGGAGGGCCACGUUCCACAAGGACGUGGUGGUCGACCUGGUGUGCUACCGCCGGAUGGGUCACAACGAGAUGGACGAGCCGAUGUUCACUCAGCCGCUGAUGUACAAACAGAUCAAGAAGCAGAAGCCCGUUCUGCUGAAAUACGCCGAGAAGCUGAUCGCAGAGGGAGCAGUGAGCCGACAGGAGUACGAGGAGGAGAUCGCCAAAUACGAUAAGAUCUGUGAGGAGGCGUACGCUCGCUCUAAAGACGAGAAGAUCCUCCACAUCAAGCACUGGCUGGACUCUCCAUGGCCCGGUUUUUUCACUCUGGACGGACAACCCAAGUCCAUGAGCUGCCCGUCCACCGGCCUGACCGAAGAGAACCUGAACCACAUCGGAGGGGUCGCCUCCUCAGUCCCAGUGGAGGACUUCACCAUCCACGGAGGUCUGAGUCGGAUCCUGAAGGGCCGGGGCGAGAUGAUCAAGAACCGGACCGUGGACUGGGCUCUGGGAGAGUACAUGGCCUUCGGCUCGCUGCUGAAGGAAGGAAUCCACAUCAGACUGUCGGGUCAAGACGUGGAGAGAGGAACCUUCAGCCACCGGCACCACGUCCUCCACGACCAGAACGUGGACAAGAGGAUCUGCAUCCCCAUGAACCACCUGGCUCCGGACCAGGCGCCCUACACCGUCUGCAACAGCUCGCUGUCCGAGUACGGAGUCCUGGGCUUCGAGUUGGGUUUUGCGAUGGCGAGUCCGAAUGCUCUGAUCCUGUGGGAGGCUCAGUUUGGAGACUUCCACAACACGGCUCAGUGCAUCAUCGACCAGUUCAUCUGUCCGGGUCAGGCCAAGUGGGUCCGACAGAACGGGAUCGUGCUGCUGCUGCCGCACGGCAUGGAGGGGAUGGGUCCAGAACAUUCUUCGGCCCGUCCAGAGAGGUUCCUCCAGAUGUGCAACGAUGACCCAGAUGUGAUGCCGAACAUCUCCGAGGACUUCGCUGUGCGUCAGCUGUACGACUGUAACUGGAUUGUGGUGAACUGUUCUUCUCCUGGAAACUACUUCCACGUUCUCAGAAGGCAGAUCCUGCUGCCCUUCAGGAAGCCGCUGAUCGUCUUCACUCCUAAAUCUCUGCUGCGUCACCCAGAAGCUCGGUCCAGCUUCGACGAGAUGCUUCCUGGAACUCACUUCCAGAGGCUGAUCCCAGAAGCAGGUCCAGCAGCUCAGCGUCCAGAGGAGGUCCGCAGGUUGAUCUUCUGCACCGGGAAGGUUUAUUAUGAGCUGACCAAAGAGAGGAAGAACCGAGGCCUGGAGGACACGGUGGCCAUCGCUCGCAUAGAGCAGCUGUCUCCGUUCCCGUUCGACCAGGUGAAGUUCGAGUCGGAGCGUUUCGCCAACGCUGACUUGGUGUGGUGCCAGGAGGAGCACAAGAACCAGGGUUACUACGACUACGUGAAGCCUCGCAUCAGGACCACCAUCCAGAGAGCCAAGCCUGUCUGGUACGCUGGCAGAGAACCUGCGGCGGCUCCGGCGACGGGGAACAAGAACACUCACCUGAUGGAGCUGCGGCGCUUCCUGGACACCGCCUUUGAUCUGGACGCCUUCAAAGACCAGCAGUAGACCUGCAACACCUGGACAGACCUGUCUCACCUGUCUCACCUGGACAUACACACACAACACAGUACACACAGUACUGCAGAAGUUCAGCACUCCAUGAAGAAACCGUCUGAUUCUAGUCUGAAUGAUUUUAUUACAGAUUCAGCUGCUUCUAACGACAACAACAGUACAAAAAUAUAGUAAUACCCUGUUUAAAUAAUAUAAUAUCAUAAUAAACCGGGCUGUAGUUGGAGCUCCAGUACUGCGUUCGGUCGUCCAGCAGCUUCAGGCUCAACUCCACCAAAGAUAAAUCUGAGUUUCCACCAUGUUCUACUUUCUCUCUGAUUUGAGGUUUUGUCUGUUAGACGGAGCCGAGUCUGAAAACCAUCGAUCAUCAGAGACGUUUGACUUUCCCUGUGACUGAUUAGAACACAAGAACUCACUCUAAGUAAAAUCAGCAAAAUUCUGAAUAAAGUCUGGUUGCGUUUGCUUGAGUUAGUGUUUCCUAAAAUAGAAAACACAACCGAUUAAAAUAUGGUCUUAAAUUGAUGACAUUUCAACUGAAGUCUGGUACUGUUUGAUCAAAUCCCUUUUAAUGUUUUAGUUUUUUUGUUGUUUUUUUUUUAACCAGAAAGAGUCUAGAUCAUCCGUAGAGUUUUCUACAAACAGCUUCAUGUGUUUCGUUUGAUUCAUUAGUUAAUUAAAAAUGUUUUUUGUUUUAUUUUUGCACGAGCAGCCAGAACCGAAGACGGCAAAAAGGGCAGCAUUUUGAAUGAAAUCUGGUGUUCAUGAUCCAGAACUUCACCAGAGUAAAAUCUGGUCCUGAAUCAACAAAAAACAGUCCCAGGAAGUAAUCAGAUUACUUCCAAGCAGAGCAAAUACUCUUCUGGUCUACUUGGAAGUAAUCAGAUUACUGUGGGUGAUAUUGGACAGAGCUGCUGAAAACUGAAUGUUUGGGAGAAUAUUUUCUCUGCUAGGAAGUAAUCAGAUUACAAAAUCUGGUUUUAAAACUGAGAAUUUUGACAGGAGUCUGUUGAUGAAAGGUUAAACGUACGUAGACAGGAAGUUUGUAAAAAAAAAAACAAAAAAAAAAACAUUUGAGCCAAAAACAAGAAACGAUUGACACUUCGAUGUCGUCAAGAGUUGCCAGAGAAGUCGCCAAGUGUCUGAGAAACAAAUGGCAACAAAUCCGUGUUUGAGGCAACAUGGUUAAAAAAUGAGUUUUUUUUUUUUUUUUUUUUUUCUGGUGGAGCUGAGCCUGAAACUUUAUUGCUAACACACACAAACUCGUCUCUAUGUGAGAUGGGGACCGACUUUUCCAUCACCUGUGGCGAUCACCUCCAAGAACCCCAUGGGAACCCUUUAGAAUAGCUCCUGUGUUCAUUUUAAAAGGUGGCCCAACAAUGUCAUGACUACAAAUGCGCACACACAAAAUCGUCUCUCUAUGAGAUGGGGACCGACUUCUUCAUCAUCACUUGUGGGGACCUCCUCUAAAAACCCCAUAGAUACCUUUACAGUAGCUCUGGUAUUCAUUUUAAGAGGUGUCCUUUAUGGGGACCUGGUUUUUAUUCCCCGUGCCACAAGAGGUCCCCUGUAGACACAACGUUGUCCCCACAACAUGAUCAUUAAGAUUUCAAACACACAAAGUCAGAUACACACACACACUCCCUCCAGCUGUUAUUCCAGAGCAAACGGUUCAGACUUCAAGCACAGAGUGAGACCUCCUGUUUUACUUCACCUUCUUCAUCUUCAUCACUCCCUCCUGACGCAGGACCACUUCCUGUUCGUCGUCGUCUUCUUUUUCUUCUUUGCCCCCCAAAAAGUUGCAGGAAAAAUGCCUCUUUUGCUAAAAUGGCUCGUUAGCAUCAUUAGCGCUCCCCGUUGUAAGUGGAUGGGGGCGGGGCUAGCUGGGUGCAGGUGUGUUCGUUAAGGAGAGUCUCUAAUUAGUCACCGUGGCGAUGCUCCCCAAGAAGGUUUUAUUGUCUUUUAUUUUGAAAGGGUGUGUGGGGAAUUAAACGGUGCGCUCCGUUUGGCGCCCCCGACUGGAAACCAAACGGCCUCUGAUCGAUUCGACCCCUCGGCCGGCGCUCACCUGGUGCCAAAACGGAUCCCGCGUCUCACGUUUUUCCUGUUUUCCGUGUUCUGCGAGCAGCCGGACAAAGUCUGCCGGCGGGAAACGAGAUUCUCCGGAAGAGAAGCGACGGCUUCUGUGAGACAAAGAAAAUGAUUUAUUUAUUUUCAUAAUAGGGAAUUGAACUUCUCUUCAUUAUUUUGCUUCAUUCAAUAAAGAUGCUGUAUGUAUGAA